AUGGGGGUGGUAUGGCACGGGACUGGCUGUGCAAGCGCCAGCCGGUGUUGGGGAGCGUUGAUCUGCCGCCUGGGCCGCUGCUGGGACCACCGCUGGAACCGCCACUGCUGGGACUGCCACAUCUGGGGCCGCCUGGACCUCGACCACCGCUGCUGGGACCGCCUGGACCUGGACUGCCUUGAUCGUCACCGCUGGGACCACCUGGACCGUCGCCUCUGGGACCGCCUGGACCGCCGCCGCUGGGACCACCUGGACCGUCGCCGCUGGGACCGCCUGGACCGCCGCCGCUGGGAUCGCCUGGACCUCGACUGCCUGGACCAACUGGACUGCCGCUGCUGGGACCGCCUGGACUGCCGCUGCUGGGACCGCCUGGACCGCCGCUGCUGGGACCGCCUGGACCUUGACCGCCUGAACCACCCGGACCGCCGCCGCUGGGACCGCCGCUUCUGGGACCGCCUGGACCGUCACCGCAGGGACCACCUGGACCGCCGCCUCUGGGACCACCUGGACCGCCGCCGCUGGGACUGCCUGGACCGCCGCCGCUGGGACCACCUGGACCUUGACUGCCUGGACCACCUGGACUGCCACUUCUGGAACCGCCUGGACCGUUGCCGCUGGGACCGCCUGGACCUUGACUGCCUGGACCUCGACCGCCUGGACCGCCUGGACCGCCGUCGCUGGGACCGCUGCUUCUGGGACCGCCUGGACCGCCACUUCUGGAACUGCCUGGACCGUCACCGCUGGGACCGCCUGGACCUUGACUGCCUGGACCUCAACCGCCUGGACCACCUGGACCGCCGCCGCUGGGACCGCCUGGACCGUCACCGCUGGGACCACCUGGACCGCCGCCGCUGGGACCGCCUGGAUCUGGACCGCCACCGCUGGAACCACCCCGCUUGGACUGACUUUCCGGGUUCUCUGCCUCUUUCUUUUCCGGUUUUCAGGCUGGAGAUCAACUGUGAGAGGCCCAAGAGUGAGGGUCGACUUCACAAGGUCAACAAGAGCACCACAGUCUAA